UCCUGAGGCAGGGGAAUGUCAUUGUCUCACAGCCGGGUGCCCGUCUCCAGCUCCGUCAGUCUGAUUUGGACGCUACCGGCUCUUACACCUGCAGCUAUGAGAUCAGUGUCUCAGGGAGAAUGAUCCAGUCAUUGCCGAGUGCCCCCCUCUCAAUCCAUCUGACAGAGCCUUCCGUGCUCCCAGAAAGCUUUCGGCCAACUCUGCGGCUGUCCCCACCGGGUCCUGAGUUCACCACUGGUGAGUCUGUUACCCUGACGUGCUCAGCUCCCAUCUGGGAGAAGAAGAUGGGGUUCUGCUUCCUCAAGGCUGGGGAACAAGUGGCAUGCACAAGACAGGCCCUGGAGGACUCUCAGAGUUACCAGAUUGGCAGACUCGGCAUGGAGGAUUCUGGCUCGUACACCUGUAUGUACCGGGUAGCCGAACCUGGGCAGGAGAUCUCCUCCCUAGAGAGCCAGCUCAUCUCCAUCACAGUCACAGCUCCUCCUCUGGCUCCCAAACUCUCUCUGCACCCCAAGCUCCUUGUGUACAUGCCCGGGGAGAAGAUCACCCUCAACUGCUCAGCCCCGCAUGGAGAGGAGGUUUCAGGGUUCAGGUUCCACCACCAGAGAGGGGAUCAGACCCCUGAAGAGCUGCCAGCUGCCAUCGGGGGGCCCUGGAUGGACCUCACGGCACAGACGGGGAAUGACGGCUCCUACACCUGUCAGUACUGGAGACGAGAGGCCGGGCAGGAGAUUGUAUCUAAGAACAGUAACAGCAUCACUGUACCAGUCUCAGCCAGAGCUGAGUGGGAUCCCACAUCCGGAGUGGUGAGCGAAGGGCUCCCCCUGCUCAUCACCUGCAUGGCCCCCGAGGAUGCCAACAAGUGGAGGUUUCACUUCUACAAGGAUGCAGUCGAGCUCCUUCCCAGGGAUGUGGGGUCUGAGAUCAGCACCAUGGAGCACGGCACUGCCUUUAUGAAUGUUUCUGUGCUUGGCAUCCCAUGGGCCGGUCCUGAGAGCACUGGGGAAUUCACCUGUGGGUAUGAGGAGAACAUGAGUGGGAGGUGGAUCCCGUCCCCCAGGAGCUGGGCUGUGAACGUCACCUCAGGCUCCAUUCAGGGUGCUGUCUUGGCAGAGACACAACCACUUUAUGUCAACAGACCCUCCAGCACUGGCACAGUUCUGCAGCAACGGAGCCAUGAUGGGCAGGUCCAGCCAGUGACCCACAACCACCCAGCACCGCCCAAUGACCCUGGAGGGAAGCCCAGAGUGGGUCGAAACCCCCAGGAAAGGGGCAAGAGAGAAGAGGAUGCAGAUGCCAGGGUAGAAUGCAACUCCUUGGUGAGCAAUCCCGUCUAUUCCAUGCUGACUCCCUCUAGUGCUGUGGCCCAGCAGAGAGGAGGAAAGUACAUUUCGGAGGCUGUGGUGUACAGCGAAAUCCCCUACUGAUCAUGGCCUCUACCACCACCCCAUCCCGCCCCCCACUGAGAACACCUCACAUAAUACCCCAUCCCCCCAACCUUUCCUUCCCUGCAAACCCUGCUAACGGCCACAAACUUCUUCCUGGUGUACUUUGAAUGCAACGGAGUGGGGGCUGGCAGCCAGGACUCCUGGGUUCUAUCCCAGCUCAGGAAUAGGAGUGGGGUUAGUGGGUUCAAGCAGGGAAUGGGACUGGGAUCCAGGCUCUGCGAAGGGAGUAGAUUAGAGUGAGGGAGAGUCAUAAUUCCUAACACUUGGGUUAUUUUCAGCAUACAGGUUAGAGGAGGGAGUUUGGGUUUUAAUCUGUCAAAGAGAAGCAUUUGCAGAACUAUGUGAAAUAGCCCAGAGAGGCCCCUACCCCUAUGUCUGUUCCAAUGCACAUUCCACCCUUUUGUUGUGGGAACCUUCUCUUACAAUGGGACUCCCUGGAUAUUAUUACUCCUGUUCCUUCACCGUGGAGUUCUGGGUUGGUGUUUCCAAAAAUCCUUUCAACAAAAUGAAAUCCAGUUGGUUUUCAUUAAGGGGUUAGAUAGGGGAGUGGCCUCGACACACACACAGAUCUCAUCCCCUGCAGUAGGGGGCAGAAGGGAGGCGCGCGCACACACACACACACGCGCGCGCAACUGGAGGAGAGCCUGUGAGCAAGAGAUCUAUGCAACAUCCCCAGCAUCAAAAGAGCAUCCAAUACUGGGAAACAUUAAUCAAACCACUGAAAUGCAGUCACUGGGGGUGAGUGGGGUGAGCACUGAACACUCUUAAACACAGUUAGUGCUACCCCUCCAAAGGGAUCUUCACCCAGGGCUGAAAUGCAGCCACUUCUGGAGGAUGGUUUAACAGCAGUUUAU